AUGGAUAAAACUUGGAUGAAGAUUAGCAAUAGGAAGGACAAGGCUUAUGAACUCGGAGUAAAAAAUUUCCUCAAGUUUGCAUAUUCUCAAAAAGUUGAAAAUCAGAAAAUCCCAUGCCCAUGUACACAAUGCAAUAAUUUUUGUAACCAAACUAAAACAGUUGUGGAGGAUCACUUAUUGACUCAAGGCAUUCGUAAAAGCUACACAAGAUGGAUACACCAUGGGGAACAAUUUCGACACCAAAAUUGUGGGGAUAGCACUAAACAUGGGGAUGGAGAGGAGGAUAGUGAUACUGAAGAUUUAAAUGACAUGUUGCACGACAUUGGGACAGCACAAUGGGGGGACAAUUGGGCUGGUAGGGAAGAAUCAACGGAUGAUAGUCUAAAUGCGAAUCAUAGCGACACAAAUAACUUUCUUAAAUUGUUAGAAGAUGCAAAAAAGGAGCUGUAUCCAGGGAAUCAUUUUUACUCAAAGCUAUCCUUUGUAGUCACUUUGCUCCAUUUGAAAACAAUGAGCGGGUGGACUAUAAAGUCAUUCAAUGCAUUGCUGGAAAUUUUUAGGCAUGCACUACCUCCUGAAGCCACAGUUCCCAAGUCUUUUGCUGAUGCUAAGAAGCUCAUUCGAGACUUAGGUUUUAAAUCUGAAAAAAUCCAUGCUUGUGUCAAUGAUUGUGUUCUCUUCCGCAAGGAAAAUGAAAAUUUUGACACUUGUCCAAAUCUAAAUUGUAAAGAACCUCGCUACAAGAUGGCAGGUUCAAGAGUUCCACGCAAAGUUUUGCGUUACUUUCCUUUGAAGUCUAGGCUGCAACGAUUAUAUACCCACAAAGAAAUAGCUUCAGAUAUGAGAUGGCAUAAAGAAAAGUGUGUGCAUGAUGAUAACAUCAUGCGGCAUCCAGCAGACAGUGAAGCAUGGAAACACUUUGAUAGGUUGCAUCCGGACUUCGCCGUUGAUCCUAGAAAUGUGAGGUUAGGUCUUGCAACUGAUGGUUUCAAUCCUUUUGGGACCAUGAGUAGUGCUUAUAGCAUCUGGCCUAUUUAUCUAGUGCCAUACAAUCUGCCCCCUUGGAAGUGUAUGAGAGAUCCUUUCUUUUUCCUAUCAAUGCUAAUUCCUGGGCCUAAAUCCCCGGGAAAUGAGAUUGAUGUUUACAUGGAGCCUCUAAUAGAUGAACUGAAUGAAAUGUGGCUUGGUGUUGAAACAUAUGAUGCAUAUAUAUGUGUGGUUCACGAUCAUCUAGGCUCUCAAUGA